GUCUGGGGCCGCGACGGACGGCGUCACGGGAUCUCAGAUUGCGUCUACCCCUGGUUGGGGCAGCGGCACGCGCUCGCCUUUCUUUUCUUCUCUUUAUUUUGCGCGCCGACUUGGGAAGAAACUUCUUUCUCCGUUUCGGUCUCGUCAGUGCCUCGCGAGACAGCCAAAGAGACGGUUCGACUCCUCGGGCAACCACCUCCACCGAGACCACCGCAAGCAAGGAAGCCACUUUUCAAGAGUUUCAAAGUUUUUUUUUUGUCCAGAGGUUCGACGACCACAACAUGCCACCCACAUCCUCACGAACGGAGAACGGUGGCGAUGGCCUGACUUCCCCGGUUUCUUUCCAGCUGGAACAACCUCCGUGGGGUGAUUCGACCGAAACUAACGGACGGAAAGCACAGGUCAAAUCGGCGGAGAAUGGCAGCCUGGAAGUGCCGACCAACCCACACGGAAUCUCACUGUUCCUCGCCACUGUUUUCGUGGUCGGAGGAGUCGCCGGCAUCGGCAUCCUGGCUCUGCCAUAUUCCAUCCUUGAAACCGGCUGGUUCGGACUAUUUCUCAUCGUCGCGUCGGCAUUCGCAUCAGGAUACAGUGGCUGGAAGCUGGGAGAGUGCUGGACCAUCCUGGAGGAGCGAUGGGCAGAGUACAGAGGACACGUGCGGGACCCGUACCCAUCCAUCGCGUUCAGGGCUUACGGAAAGUGGGCCAAGUUGUUCACGUCGACAGUGCAAAUCAUGGGCCUGUUCGGCUACGGCUCGGUGUUCAUCCUGCUCUCAGCAGAGCUAGUCAUGGAUGUCAUGAGGCAGUUCUUCGGCGAGAAGGCGACACUCACGUUCUGCUACUGGCUCAUCAUCAUCUCGGCCGCCAUGGGUGUCCUCAUGCUGCUGGGAACGCCCAAGGACUUCGGGUUUGCCGCAUUUGGCGCCAUGGGAGCUACAGCGGCGGCGUUCCUGAUCGUCGUGGGCGUGUGCUGCGUCCGGAUGCACGACGGACGGGCGGCGUUUCCCCGGCAUCCACCACACAUUGGUUUCGCGCAGUUCUUCAGGGGAUUCGGCACCAUCAUGUUCUCGUACGGUGGUGCGGCCAUGUUCCCCACCAUCCAGAACGACAUGCGGGACAGGAGCCGGUUCCCAAUGGCCGUGGCGUACGCCACCAUUGCUCUCGUUGGUCUGUACGUGGUAAUGGCCACACUGGGCUACCUGACCUUUGGCAACGACGUCGGGGCCAACAUCCUGAUGUCCAUCGGUGACGGAGGUGUGAGCAUCGCCGUCCAACUGCUCUUCAUCGUGCACCUCAUCACCGGCUUCCUCAUCAUCAUUAAUCCCAUGUGCCAGGAAGUCGAAGGACACAUCGGCAUCCCAACAGAGUUCACGUGGAAGCGGGUCGUCAUGCGAGCGGCCAUCAUGUUGGCGCUGCUGUUCACCACGGAGACGGUGCCGCACUUCGGCAAAGUGCUUCCCCUUGUGGGAUCCUUCAUGGUCGGCCUGACGACGUUCAUCCUGCCCUGUCUCUUUUACUACAAGCUCUGCUCCCAGACAUCGCCCGAGUGGAAAGAGAGGACCAUUCCGACGUGGGAGAAGGUGGUGAUACUGGUCAUCCUCGUCGCUGGUCUCAUUGGAACGAUAGCCGGCACGGGAGCUUCCAUAGAGGAUCUCGUCAAGCCCGGAGCAUUCGCCCUGCCUUGCUUCAUUGACCCGAACGUGAAGCCGUGACCAACGACGUCGACGGAGUGAAUGCGACGACCACCGUUUGGUUGGGAACGAACAACGCUGCCCCAGCCGGCUUCGAAUGAAAUAUCUGCAAGACGGAAUGAAAGGC